ACAUGGGGUGAGAGGUCGAAGUGGAGAGGUCUGUCCCCGGGAUUUCACGCUGCUGUGUGUAGUGCUUUUAUGACACAGUAGCGGAGGGACCCUCCAGUUGAACUGAAGUGCGGAAAGAACUGUAAUAAAUCCGCAAAAAUACCAACUGGGUAGUAGGAUCCGCGUUAACCGAGGGCCGGGAGAGGAGCAGUUAGAUCCCUGGAUGCCCCCCGGUGCCUCUCCCUCGGCCGCGCGGUAACCCCGCCUGAUGGCAGCCAGCUGACCCCGCCCCCGAGGAUGACGGUUCGAGAGAAGCUGCGUCAGAAGAUCUCCGCUGGCUUCUACAGGCACGGCCUGCUGUGCGCCUCCUACCCCGUCCCCAUCAUCGUCUUCACUGCGGUGUGCAUCCUGACCUGCUGUUACCCCCUGCUGAAGCUGCCUCUGCCUGGGACGGGGCCAGUGGAGUUCACCACAGGUGUGCGAGACUACGCUGUCCCAUCCCAUGAGUCCCAGGGAGACCUCGGGGAGCAUCCAGAGUGGUAUCGGGGCCCCCCGGUGGCCUAUAUCCAGCAGGUCCUGGUCAAGGCCGCCGUCUCCCCCUGGGACAGCAAGCUGGUUCCAGUCGAUGCCUUCCGCUCCCCGCUGGGGCGCGUGUUCACCCUGCUGGAGGAGAUCCGCAACCACGUGCACUCGGACAGUACCGGAGUCCGAAGCCUGGAGGCGCUCUGCCUGCAGGUGACGGAUCUGUUGCCAGGGUUACGGCGCAUGCAAGCCGUUUUGCCGGAGCACGGCUGCUUGCUGGUCUCUCCCGGAAACUACUGGCAGAACCAGCGGGAGCUGUUUGACUCAGACCCCGACCUCCUGAAGACCGUCCACCAGCAUGAACCCAAGGGCCUGCACACCUCCGCCACACUGAGAGACCUGCUGUUCGGCGUCCCGGGGAAACUCAGUCUCUACAGCAGGAAGAGGGUGGUCACCUACACCAUCACCAUUGCACUCAGCAGCUACGACGCCAGGUUCCUGGGCAGCCUGCGGUCCCGUCUGAAACAGCUGCACCCCUCGGCCAACUGCAGCCUGCGUGAGGACCACAUGGUGCACGUGCACUUCAAAGAGGAGAUCGGCAUCGCGGAGCUCAUCCCCCUGGUCACCACCUACAUCAUCCUGUUCGCGUACAUCUACUUCUCCACGCGGAAGAUUGACAUGGUGAAAUCCAAAUGGGGUCUGGCCCUUGCUGCCGUGGUAACGGUGCUCAGCUCUCUCCUCAUGUCCGUGGGGCUGUGCACCCUCUUUGGCCUGACGCCCACGCUGAAUGGGGGGGAGAUCUUCCCCUAUCUGGUGGUUGUUAUUGGGCUGGAGAAUGUGUUAGUCCUCACCAAGUCAGUGGUAUCGACUCCUGUGGACCUGGAGGUCAAACUGCGCAUUGCCCAAGGCCUGAGCAACGAGAGUUGGUCCAUCAUGAAGAACAUGGCCACCGAGCUGGGCAUCAUCCUCAUUGGCUACUUCACUCUCGUGCCUGCCAUCCAGGAGUUCUGUCUGUUUGCUGUGGUGGGCCUGGUCUCUGACUUCUUCCUGCAGAUGUUCUUCUUCACCACGGUGCUGUCCAUUGACAUCCGUCGCAUGGAGCUGGCAGAUCUGAACAGGAGGCUGCCGGCCGAGGCAGGGAUGCCCCCCACCAAACCAGGUCCCCUCCGCCCCCGCGAGGCCCCGCCCCCUCCCCGGCCCUCCCCCCACACCAUCACGCUGCAGACCCCCGCCUUCCGCAACCUGCGCCUUCCCAAGAGGCUGCGGGUGGUGUACUUCCUGGCGCGCACACGUCUGGCGCAGCGCAUCAUCAUGGUUGGCACGGUGAUUUGGAUCGGAAUCCUGGUCUACACUGAUCCGGCGGGGCUGCGCACGUACCUGGCAGCCCAGGUAUCCGAGCAGAGCCCCCUGGGAGAGGCGGGGCUUCCCCAUAUGGGCGUGGCCCCUGUGUUCCCCGGAGGGGACCCCACCAGCACGCUCAGCGUCCUGCCAGCCCCCGAACCCACCCCUCUCCCUGAAAACCAGUCCCAGGGCCACGGGCCCCCCGGACCCGCCCGUGCUGUCCCUCCCUACGCGCAGAUCAGCUGGGGCCCAGAGGACGAGGAGGUCUGGAGGCGCCUGUCCUUCCGCCACUGGCCUUCUCUCUUCAGCUAUUACAACAUCACUCUGGCCAAGAGGUAUAUCAGCAUCCUACCUGUUAUCCCUGUGACGCUCCAUCUGAGCCCCCAGGAGGCCCUGGAGACGCGUCACCCCCAGGACACCCGCCACUCUCCUCCCCCCGAACUGAAGCUGCCUCGUGGCCCACAUGGGACCAUCCUACAGACAGACCUGACUCUCUACAAGGUGGCGGCCCUGGGUCUCGCUGCGGGGGUGCUUCUUGUCCUCCUGCUCUUCUGCCUGUACCGGGUGCUGUGUCCCCGCAACUACGGGCAGAACGGGGUACCCCACGGCCGCCGUCGUCGCGGUGACCUGCCCUGCGAUGACUACGGGUACUCGCCUCCUGUCAGUGAAAUCUCGCCUCUGCUGCUUCGUGGGCACAGCAUGGAUAUUGAGUGUCUGGCCAGUGAUGGAAUGCUGCUGGCCAGCUGUUGCUUGGCGGGACAGAUCCGUGUGUGGGACGCACAGACAGGGGACUGUCUGACGCUCAUCCCAAACCAUGGUCUGCGCAGGUGUAGCAGCAGUGGAUGCUGGGAACAGCAGAACUGCUGGGAUGCUGUGGGUAUGGCCGAGCCUGAGAGUCUGGGUGGGGUGGAUGAGCUGGAGAUGGUCGGAGGCUUGGUGGGGGCGGACGGAGCGGGCUACCCCCUGCGGAGGAGAGCCACCCCUUCGCGCCCCACUCUGUUCGUAGACCAGCCUGACCUCACCCCCCUCAUCGACACCAACUUCGGCAAGCAGCCCCCGUCCCAGGCGCUGCCCGACUCUGGUUUCGAUUUUGGGGGUCUGGUGGAGCGUGCCUACCAGGAGCACGAGCCUUCGCCCACCCUGGGGUUCCCUCCCUCGCCCCCGCCCGCUCAGCAGAGACGCCGCAGCCUGGGGGACCCCCCGAUUCUGCCGCCGGACCGCCCCUCCCCCAACCCUCCCGACUGGGACAGCUCUGUGUGGGCCAUGGAGCUCAGGGGUAACCUCAUCGCAGCAGGGAGGAGCAGUGGCAAGCUGGAGCUGUGGGAUGCAGUGGAGGGCAGCCUGCGCUGCAGUAAUGAAGAUGGUGUAUCAGGGAUCACAGCGCUGGCCUUCCUUAAUAACCGGAUCGUAGCGGCCCGCCUGAACGGCUCUCUGGACUUCUUCACCGUGGACAUCAAUAAGCCACUCGGCCUGCUGCAGUACCGCGGGACCCCCGGGCGGGGCAGCAUGCCCCCCUCUCCCUGCUACAGCAGUGAGGACGUGAUCAGCUGCCAGCUGACGCGCUCGGUGCAGUGCGCCCAUCAGAAACCCAUCACUGUGCUGCGGGCCGCCGCCGGCAGGGUGGUGACGGGCAGCCAGGACCACACUGUCAGGGUGUACCGCUUGGAGGAUUCCUGUUGUCUCUUCACUCUGCAGGGUCACUCUGGGGGUAUAACUGCCAUCUACAUCGACCAGACCAUGGUUCUGGCCAGUGGGGGGCAGGACGGGGCCAUCUGCCUGUGGGACGUCCUGACGGGAAGCAGGGUCAGCCACGUUUACGGUCACCGCGGCGACGUCACCUCCCUGGUCUGCACCACCUCCUGCGUGAUCAGCAGCGGGCUGGACGACCUCAUCUGCAUCUGGGACCGCAGCACGAACAUCAAGCUCUACUCCAUACAGCAGGAGGUGGGCUGCGGGGCCAGUCUGGGCGUGAUCUCGGAGAGCCUGCUGGUGACGGGGGGCCAGGGCUGCGUGUCCUUCUGGGACCUGAACUACGGGGACCUGCUGCAGACGGUGUACCUGGGCCAGAGCAGCGAGGGCCAGGGCGUGCGGCAGCUGCUGGUGCUGGACAACGCCGCCAUCGUCUGCGACUUCGGCAGCGAGCUCAGCCUGGUGUACGUGCCCUCCGUGCUGGAGAAGCUGGACUGAGCGCCCUGGCUGUGAAUCGGCCUCCCAGGCCCCACCCGCCCACCCCUUCGCACCACCCCCCCCCCCCCCCCCCAGAACAACUGUUGACAGCAGCUGACUCCUGGAUUCCAUCGUUUUCUCUUUUAUUUCCAUCCUUUUGUUUUCCCCCUCCUGUAGACCUCUUUAAUAGCCAGAGGGGUGGGGUUCCGUUUCCAUAGCAAUGUGAUGUCAGACUCGGUGGACGGCGGGAGAAUGGGCUGGGGGCCGGCCCGGGGCCUGGUCAGGACCGGCUCUUCGGGGCGGAGCUUCCGCCAGCCCUCUGCGCAUCUCGACGUUUUCCGCUGGCCCCUUGGCUUUGAUCGUAGCUGGUGUUUUUAGGCGAGCUACCCCAGGCGACGUCGCGUCUGAUGUCACCGGGGCUGUGGAGACCCCUCCCAGCAGGCGGGGCCAGCGGGCGCGGCGAUGAGGGCAGGCCGCGGGGUCCGCAGGCCGCGGGCUUCACUGAAGCGGUUAUAAGCUACAGCGUGCGCGUAUCUGUGCGCACGCGUGCGAGGUAAUAUGAAUGUGUGUAUAUUCAGAGACUGGACAAAAAGAGGUGUGAACAAUACUGACUAAGUAGAAUUGGGGGAGAAAAAAUACAAACUGAAAAGUUUGUGCCCGUGCGUUUUGUGUGUGCGCCUGUUCGCCUGCUCUUGAAUGUAUGUUUGUGUGCAUGUGCGUGCGUGCGAGUGUGUGUGUGUGUGUGUGUGUUCGUUUGCUAGAGCAGCAUACUGUACUUAGCAAAACCUCCAGGGGGGGUCAUUUUUUAAUGUCUGAAUUUAUUAUUUAUUAGAUAAAUUUUAAAUAACAAAAAGAAUUUGUAUGAAAUUAAAAAAAAAACUCAAUAUUUUAAUGGGGAUGAAAAAAGCAAAAUGUGCAAAGCUGGGAUGUAAGGUGUAUAACGAUUAAAAUUGGCAGUUGUGAUUAUACUAACAUUAAUAUUUAUGUCAAAGAACUGACAGAUGUUUGUUUGUUUGUUUGUUUGAAGAGGAGGGAGAUGAUGAAGGGGGAGGGCAAAAAGAAAGCAGAAUCUUUGCACACGUCCUCCAGAGACCCAGCUACUGGCCUUGCCUAAUUAGCCAGUGUUCCAUUUAAAACAAACUCCAGUUCAUUCAUCACAAUCGUCCAUUUACGACUAAAUUUCCUGAUUAGUGCAAUGGUCUAUUCAUUGGAUCAUUCCUUUGUUUGUUCAUUCACAUCAGCCAACGGAAAAAUUAAAGCAGAAUUCUCAGUCGGACACGAAAGGCUUUAUUGCUGCGUUGAGUGCUGUCCAUUCACAUUGUCGGACAUUUACGCUAAAGCUUUCCGUUAGGACAGUCACGCAUUGGCUGUAUUCAUUCGUUCACAUUAGGGGAUGAUUGGUUUCUUUCGACCUUGCAGAUCACUGAUAGGCUGGAGGCCCGUGCGCUGCUUAACGUUAACCUGCUGUGGGCUGUGGUGAUGCUCAGGGCGUCUUACUGUGCAGCUUCCCGUUCUCCUCCUUCAGAAGGACGCCGUCCUUGUCUUGCACAACUUUUUUUUUUUUUGGAAGGAAAAAUGUAAUGUUUAUAGAAAUUUUUGCUAUAAAUGUUUACUGAGCUCUUUUAUUAUCAUGGUUAUAAUGGAUUGGGUUUUAAAGAUAAAUAGUAAUGUUUGAAUAUACUGUAGAUCACAGGUAAUUUAAUGAACGUCCCACGUAGACAUUCUUGGAUGUUUACCUGUGUAUGUGUGUGUGUAUGUGUAUGAGAGAGAGAGAGUGUAAGGGAGAGAUAAUGGUCGUUAGAGACAGACGUCCGAAUGGCUCUAGGACGUUCUAAUCUGCCACAUUGGAGGUCUGUUCAGUAGUUUCUAAAGGCAGUGCGUUGUCUCAUUUUCCUGUCUGUUGUCAGAGAGGUCUUCAGUUUUUAUCAGACGUCUGAUGGUUUUCUGGAUGAUACAGGGUUCGUUGUGGUGUGACAGUGUUGCCCUUGCUUUCUUUGUUGUUGACUCACUCCACAAAUACUCUCCCCAGCCCAGUAUGAGUGUGUGUAUGUACUACAGCAGGGCCUGCCCUGCAAACACACACACAUGCAGAUUUAAGUGUACUCACAUACAGACACGCAUGUUAACCGCAAAUCCAUACGUAUAAGGGCACACAUCCACACGUUUUUUUAUUCGUUUUCAGCAAGACAAGAAUACACUGAUAAACCCAUGUAUAUAAGGACAUGCUGUUCUGUACUUAGUGAUGCGCAAAUGUAGGCAGUUGAGACGAACAUGGAUGGACAGAACACGUACAUACAAAUGUUAGGCAUUCAAACAGGCAUGCAAGCAACAAACACAUUUUAAACCUGUUUACAUGUAAACAUAAAGCUGAAAUUGGACUCACUUGGUCAGACAUGCAUGCUUUUUUUUUUUUUCUUUUUUUUUUUUUUUUUUUACAUACACCUGCAAAUAGCAAUUUGAACGAGUAGAAAUGCACACCAGACAGAAUGUCUUAUGUAAUGGUUAUAAUUUAUUAGUUUUUGGAUGUAAAUAUUAGGUGAGAAAGCUAUAGAAAUGCUAUUUGAUUUGAGUGAGUUUUUAUUAGAUAAAAAAUGUGAUUCUUUUUUUAACUUUAUACUUUUUCAGACCCGGUUGUAAGUUUGGUUUCAUAGUGAAUUUUAUUGGAAGGGUGGGGCACUGUAACUGUGCUUAACCUGUUACUGUGGAGGGUUUUCAUGCAGUCUACCUGAUAUCCGAAACCAAUAUCUGUUAUCCAAUUAACACUGCUUAGCCAUUGCAUGAGUGUCCAAGGAAUCAUCGUCAUACAUCUGAGCUCCUCUUCUGGGGGUCGUUGUUCCCUGGGUAUGCUGUUGAUUAGCCGAUACUUAAAUGGGUCGCAGUUGGGCUGAAAUCAUAGCCUGUUUUGUGAUCCACUGUUAAGAGUGUGUGGCCAUUGUUUAUAUUCAACCUUUUUUGAGGACCACAGAUGACUGAUUGCUUGCGAAGAUGCGGUGUGUUGCGUGUUUUAUUACCGUGCGUUAAGGUCUCUCAUGGAAAUGCUAUUGGACUCUUGCUUGUAGACUCUUGUCUAGCCCUGUAGCAGUUUGGCUGCAAGAAUAAAACACGCUGAUAAAAUUCUUCACUGACUUGCUCACCCACAUCUCGAUGGUCGGGCCAGGUCCAGUGACUGGAUGUGUUGGCCAGGUCUGCGUCUUGGAUGUGUUGAAAACCCAACUUCCAUUUGCAGUGCGGAGCCAUUCCCCAUGCAUCUGUAGCUGCGCAUGCCAGCUAUGAAGUAUCAGGCGUGCAUGUGUGAAUCUGUCUUCUUUCCCCCAGCAGAACCUGGGCCUAUGGUUUUGAGACUUUUCCUCCCUCACUUUUUGAGUGUGUGGUGAGAUGUGUCACAUCCCAGGCACAAAAGUAGACCUGCAGAAAGGCUGAUUAAUCGAAACCUGAGUGGCUCUAACCAAAGCUUGCGGGGCUCAACCUUCAUACCCAGGCUCUAAAAUACCACAGGGGGGAGCCGGGGCUGUUGAGUCAUACGGUGUGUCAAGCUGUUGUGUGCAUGCGUACACGUGUGUGCUUGUGCAUGAGUGUUUGCGGGUGUGUGCGCAUGUGCUUGUGCAUGCACCGUUGCGUUUGUGUGUGUGUGUGUGAGUGUACCUGCUCCUUGACUGCAGGAAUACCUGUAAAUUGAACGAGUGGUUCAGUUAAAGGGAGAGGGCGGGGCCCUGACCUGACUCCUCCCCCGCAUUUCCCAUGAGUCUAUACUGUACAUUUGUCCGCUUGUUAGACGUCCGUCUUAUUUUCUAAUUCCUUUCUGAAUGUGCCCUGUGGGUGGUGGGUGUGGAGUAGGGUGACUGGGUGUAAAUAUUGUGAGACUCUGAAACCUGCCCCCAUUCCACCUCCACCCCACCCUUCCAUUACUAUACAGUGUAAACAUACUGCAGAGGAUGAAACUAACAAUCUGUAAUAUUUUUAACACAGGAGCAAAACUUUAUACUAAUUUGCAAAUAAAAGGCUUUAAUACCUUG